AUGUCCAGAGAAGACAUAAACGGCGACGGCGCCAAAGAUGUGUGGAUAGACACCGACGGCGACGGAAUCCCCGACAAAAUCGACUUUGACGCUAAUGGAUUUCCAGACGGUGAUCUAAUAGAUCUGAAUAAUGAUGGUGUUCCUGAUGCUAUAAAUGUUUAUGGCAUGACUCAAACCUAUUACAUCCGACCCACAGGUCUACCGGUUACAGACAGACCAACCUUUUCAUCCUCUAUACCCACCACAUUUACAACAUCUACAUCUAUAUCUACAUCUACAACCACCCCUUCACCAUCACCGUCACCGUCACCAUCAUCAUCAUUAUCAUCGAUAUCAUCAUCAUCAUCGAUAUCAUCAUCAUCUACACCACCCUCAGAAACAAGUACAACAUCCACAAUAACAUCACCAACAUCAUCCUCAACCGACCUCGCAGAAUCAAAGUCAAGUAGCCCAUCAUCAUCAUCAUCGUCAUCAAGCCCACCCAUAGGCGCAAUAGUCGGCGGCGCAAUAGGCGGUCUAGUAGCAAUCGCCGUAAUAUUAGCAUUGGUUUUAUUAAUCCUUCGCGAGAAACGUAGAAAGUCUACAAAGGCUGGAGGAAACUCGGGUGGUGGGAUGGGAGGGGUUGAAGGUCAUGAAUUGGGAGGGAUUGAGGGUCAUGGAAAGGCUGAAGGUAAAAUUAUAUGA